GAAACACUUUCCACUUCCGCAUGUAAUAUACUAUUUCUGUGGAAACAGUUUGAUACACAACAUUAUUAACGCUGAGUAAAUGUUGAAAAUUGAAUAUUUUACCCAAACUUAUUAUUUAUCUAGGUAUACAACUGCAUUAUUUUGAACUUUUUGCAUCCUGGUUCUCAAUUUUGUUCUAUUUCUCUGUAAGUGAGUUCUCCUGUCCUUUCUCUUCUUAGAUUUUUCGCAUUUUUGUUUGGAGUAUCUUUCAUCUACCUACCAAAAAAUAUUGUUUCUGCCUUUCCUCUCCUUCACAUUUCGUCUUUAAUAUCUGCUUUUUAUCUAUCCAAUCACUGUGAUAUUUAAAUAUAGAAAUCAAGCUUAGAAACAUUUUGUUUAUUUAAACUAACACCUCGUACAAAAAGUUUUGUUUAAACAAAACCACAAUUCUCUCUCUGAUUCUGUUAUGGUUGGUAUAGGUAAUUAAUUAUCGUUAGUUUUCAAGGAGAUUUUAUUAUUUUAUCAUGUUAUCUGAAUGUUCGCCUGCUUAUUGGAAGUUAGUUUAUUCAUUUUAAUUAUAAUUUAUUAAAGUCAAUCAGAGUGAUUUUUCAUAGUGUGUGUGUGUAUAUAGUGCAAACUCAAAUUAAUUGGAUUGUUUUUCAAAAAUCAAACAAUGUAUUUGCACUUUUUAUUGAGCCUGUUCUCGUUUUGCCUUGUCGGCUAUGUGUUCGAUUAUUACAAAUUAUUUACAAUGACUGACAACAAUCAUCAGUAUAAAUUACUCUACUUUGAUGUACCUGGAAGAGCCGAACAUAUUCGAUACCUAUUCGCUUAUGCUGGAGUGGAAUACGAAGACUACCGGAUACAAAAGGAAAAAUGGCCAGAGCUAAAGAGAACGAUGCCAUUUGGUAAAGUUCCAGUCUUGGAAAUCGACGGUAAACCAGUGGCUCAAAGCAACGCAAUCGCACGGUAUUUGGCCAAAAAAUUCGGUCUGGCUGGAAAAAACGAAUGGGAAGAGUUGCAGUGCGACGUUUUGGUCGACACCCUCGGUGACCUUCAGGCUAGUGUUACGCAAGUGAUGAAAGAACCAGAUCCAAUCAAACGUGAAGAGGUCCGUGCGAAAGUCACCAAAGAAGAAUUGCCUUUCUAUUUGUCGAAAUUUGAGAAAACCGUCAAGGAGAAUGGUGGAUUUUCUGUCGGAAAUGAUUUUACUUGGUCCGACUUAGUUUUCGCCGUACUGUUAGACCAAUUCGAAACAAUGUACGGCAAAGCGGCCCUCAACAGCUAUCCUGCACUGAAGGGCCUGAAAGACAAAGUGCAUAACAUACCUGGUAUACGAAGCUAUCUCGAAGUAAGACCACCUCGAUCACCUAUGCCCAGACACUAACCAUAUAUUCAGAAAUAGUUGGUAUAAACUAAAAAAGAGAAGCAUUUAUUAUGUUUGUUACAAGAAGAGUGACUUGAGAUUCUUGUUGGAACAAACCAUAUGUGUCGUGGAAAUUGUGUAUACUUGAUUAGUUUUAGUAUAUAGUAAAUUUACCUAUCCAUGUUUCAAGGAAUUGUUCUGUUUGGUCUAAGCAAUUUAUCAAUCAGAAGCUUAUUAUUAUAAGAUAAGCUCGCGAAACAGGCCUAUUUUUUGAAAUAUGGUAUCUGCAGAGUGGAAUAAGUUUUAGUUAGUAAGUGUUAAAUUUAGAUGAAGAGUUUAAGAUUUAAAUUUUAAGAACAGAUUGACGUUUUUAGUUUUUUUAGGUGCCUUCAAGUACUAUUACCCUAUUUAAUUUUAAUCCAUUAAAAUUGGAAUAAAAUUUAUUCGUUUUUAGAGUAAUGUACUAUAAUUUAAAAAAAAAAAAUACGUAUACUUAAUAUAGUGUCUAAAUAUAUGUUUCAUGUUUUAUUUAUUUACUAAUCCUUUAUUUGGGAUAAAGCACAAAACACAAGGAAAAAAAUAGAAGCUGAGAAGAGAAUAUUUGGCAUGAUUGAUUUGCGUGCACUGAAACAAGGAUUUAGUUAUAUUAACCUAAAAUUAGUGACUAUCACUAAAUCGCUUAUUGAAAUAUGGCUUAUUAAACCUUUGGUCACAACACACAAAUUAUUUGUUUAAAAUUUAAGAAUAAAGCACUUAUUUAAUAAUAUGCUCUAUCUAAUAAUAGUUAAUUAACUCAUAUCAAUAAUAAAUAAAUAUUUUGUUCUCUGAAGUUGGUGUUUGCUUCUGGAUUUUCUGUCUUUACUAAUAGUAAAUUGAUCAUAUUUUUC